CCGUUGGCGUUAACUCCUCCGUCAUAAAAAAUCAAAAUUAAAUGACGCCGUUAGUUUGCUUCUUCAAUAUUCAUUCCUUCCCACUUCACUAUACCUAUAACCGCCAACUGUCCCACCAUAUAACACCAACAUCACUACCCUCUUUCUUUUCCUUUUCCCAUUCCUCUCAUCUCACUCACUCUCACUCACCACUCCCCUGCGCCGUAUAAUAUAAUACCACACGAGAUUAUUGAGCUUAAUUAACGAACUCAUCAUGAACCCCUUCUUUUACAGAUUCUUGAUUCUCCUUGCUCUGUUUUCUCUCGUGGAAUCUUCUUCAUCAUGCAGCAGCAACAAUAGAGACCACGAGCUUGUCUUAAAAGCCUUCCAAUAUGUCUCUGGAUUCAAACCUUCAUGGUUCCAAACAACACACCAACCUUCUUCUUCUUCUUCUAACUGUUCGGUACAAGAGUCAUCUCCCAUUAUUAAGAACAUAGAGCUUCCUUCAAGAAACUUAAGCGGCAAUAUCUCAUGGAGCUACCUAAAGAACAUGUCAAACCUGCAAGUUCUCGAUCUCUCCGGAAAUUCCCUGCAAGGCCAAGUAUCAAACAUGUUGUGGGCAACUCCAAACUUGUUAGUAGUAAACCUCUCCAGAAACAGGUUCGGAGGAACCAUUGCUUUCAACCAACUCACAACCGUUUCAUCAUCGCUUCAAGUUCUGAACCUCUCACACAACAGGCUCACCAAUCAGGUUCACCUCUCCGGUUUCACAAACCUCAAAACCCUCGACCUUUCUCACAACCACCUUGGAACCUUACCUUCGGGGUUCCAGAACCUCAAAAAACUCCAACACCUCGAUCUCUCUAACUGCAACAUCGAAGGACCAGUGAAACAAGUCUCUUCCCUUCACUCACUCACCUACCUCGACCUCUCUAACAACACGUUGAAUGGAACCUUCCCUUCAGAUUUCCCUCCAUUGAACACCAUCAAGUUCCUCAACAUCUCACACAACAACUUCAUCAAAUCCACAGAACUAAGCCCAAACAAGUACAAGAAGUUCGGCCAAUCGGCGUUCAUAAACGCCGGCAACAACUUCCACUUGAACUUCAACGCAUCCAACCUCCAUUCAAAGAAGCAACACCACCAACCACCAAUGCAACCAACUAAUAACAAACACCACAAGCACAAGUCAAAACACAAAACCGUUUUGCUUGUGGCGGCAUCGUGUGCUUCAGGGGUAGUUUUGGUAUUGUCGUUGAGCGCGUGCAUGUUACGGUGUUACUGUAGGAAGAAGGAAGAGGCGAAGAGGAACAAGUGGGCCAUAUCGAAACCUGUAGCGUUGACGAGCAUCAAGAUGGAGAAAUCAGGGCCGUUCGCCUUCGAGACGGAGUCAGGGACGUCAUGGGUGGCUGACCUGAAAGAACCGUCGUCGGCCGCCGUCGUGAUGUUCGAGAAGCCGUUGAUGAGUUUGACUUUCAAGGACUUGAUGAGUGCCACGUCACACUUCGGUAAAGACUCACAGCUUGCUGAGGGUAGAUGUGGGCCCGUGUACCGAGCUGUUCUACCAGGAGAUAUCCACGUGGCAAUCAAGGUUUUGGAAAACGCAAGAGACGUUGAUCACGAUGACGCUGUCAACAUCUUCGUUGACCUCUCCAGGCUGAAGCACCCUAACCUCUUGCCCCUCUCCGGUUACUGCAUUGCAGGGAAGGAGAAGCUGGUGAUGUAUGAGUUCAUGUCAAACGGGGAUUUAGGUAGGUGGUUACACGAGCUACCAACGGGUGACACCAACGUGGAAGAUUGGAGUGGUGACACGUGGGAGAUUCAAAACGGUAUCGCGUCACAUGAAAAGAUGGCUUGGCCAACACGACACCGUAUCGCCGUUGGUAUGGCGCGUGGUCUCGCAUUCCUCCACCACGCCGGAUCCAGGCCUGUCGUUCACGGCCACCUGGUAACAUCUAAUAUUUUACUCUCUGAUGACUUCGAACCACGAAUCGCUGAUUUCGGGUUGAGGAAAUUCGGGCAGGAACAGAACGCGCCGAAUUGCAGCACCGAGACUGACGUGUACUGCUUCGGUGUGGUGCUGAUGGAGCUUCUGACGGGACGGCAUGGCACGGCGGAGACAGUGGUGUCGGUGAGGAAGCUUGUUAGGGAGGGCCACGGUGUUCGCGCGUUGGAUGAGAGGCUCGGAUUCGGUGACUCAGAGGCUGAGAUGGUGGAGAGCCUCCGAGUCGCGUAUCUUUGCACCGCCGAGUCGCCGGCGAAGAGACCCACCAUGCAGCAGGUCUUGGGUCUUCUCAAGGACAUUCAUCCGAGUGGCGGACUCGACUGUUACUAUAGGAGGUGGCAAAAUUGGCAAUUGAGUUUUUGA